GGGAAACUGCCACGUACCGUGAAGUGUCACUUUCGCAGGAAAUACAUAACAAUAACUCGACCCACCACCACCAUCAUCGACCACCUCGUCGCAGUAAGGCAGCCAAUAUGGCAAACUACAACUACGAUGAAGGCGGAAAUAUGUCCGCCUACUUUGUCAUAACAUGUCUCAUCUUCAUUCUUAUCCCUCUCACCAUUUCGUCAAUACCGCCUAAAAAACCCCCAACCCUGAGCGGAUGUCCGUGCCAACCUUGUGUGGAACAGCGUCAGCGGAUAGCGAACCAUGAAAAGGGCUCGAUCUUAAACCCCAAGCUCAGCAGGAAAGUAACCUUUGUACUUUUUGGAUGGAGUCUUGUAGCAUACAUGAGCUACAGAGUCAUCGGCUCGAAACUGGACAACACAGUAUACGAUCCUUUUGAAAUUUUGGGCAUUAAAAUGGGAACACCGGAAAAGGAGAUCAAAUCCCAUUAUAAAAAGCUGUCACGGAUGUAUCACCCCGACAAAGUCCGUGCGACCGUGAACGAGACAUUAGAAAUUAUUCAAGAUCGAUUCGUUAAAAUUACUAAAGCGUACAAAUCGUUGACGGAUGAGACAAUUCGCAAGAACUGGGAAGAAUUUGGGCACCCUGACGGACGACAAGAGACCUCAAUGGGUAUUGCUAUUCCUCGCUUCAUCAUUGAGGCUAAGAACAAUAUAUGGAUUCUCGGAUUCUAUGGAUUAGCAUUCGGCGGUGGUUUGCCAGCGGUAGUGGGGAAAUGGUGGUUUGGGUCCCGUCAGAAGACGAAGGAUGGUAUCAACGCUCGUUCAGCAGCCACUUUCUUUAAGGACCUCAAGGAGGAUUCGAGGAUCUUUGAGGUUAUUGGUGCACUUGGAAAAUCCUUCGAAUGGGAGCACCCUAAGAAGACGUCGAAGGCGGAUGAAAAAACUGAGCUUGACCGGCUAGAGAAAGAAAUCGCCUCGGCGGCUGGAAAAUCUUGGGGAUCGGUCAAAUCCUUAGCUGGGAUUGAUGAAAGUGACGCUGACAGCCGAAGACGGUCUAUGAUACUCCUAUACGCUCAUUUACUCCGACUGGAUAUCCGUGUCCCCAGUUUACGAACGGAACAAACUGAGAUAGUUCUACAGACACCCGCUCUUCUCAAUGCCCUUAUUGGAAUCGCCGUUUCUCGCAACCACCUUGGUCCAACUGUCUGGGCUAUGCGUCUCUAUGCGUUCAUUACUCAGGCUAUUAUUCCAGAAACCUUCUCUAUCAAGCAUCGUCUUGCUCAGCUUCCUGGAAUUAAGACCUCUGAAGUUUUGGGCGACCGUGCAACCAUUCGAGCAGAUGACAUCAAAGAUGUUGCUACCAAAUUGGAAGAGAAGAAUGACGGAAGAGUUGUGGAUGUAAAGAAGGCUGUCGAGAAGUGGCCUCGCCUCGAGAUUCUCGAUGCCGCAUACAAGGUCAUUGGCGAACGCAUUGUAACACCGUCAUCUAUCGUCUAUCUCGUCGUCAAACUUCGUAUAUCACCACCUAACCUUGUGCGAGAUAACAAACCUGAUCUCACAGCUGAACAAGUCAAGAAGAACAUCAAAGUGAACGAAGAGAGGGAUAACAAAUUCUUAAUGGACAAGAAGGACGCGGAGGACAUUGAUGAGAAGAAUGUUGUCGGUUACGCCCACGCACCCUAUUGGCCUGCUAACCGACGACCCGGUUGGUGGCUGGUCCUCGCUGAUGACAAGACUGCUCGUAUCGUGGUGCCACCGAUGAAGAUAACUAACGUUCCUUAUGCAAACCCUAACGCCGAGAACGAACGAGAUUACAGAUCAUAUAAAAUUCAGUUCCAAGCACCGAGCGGAACAGGUUCAUUCACGUGGAAGAUAUACCUCAUCAGUGAUACGUUUGUUGGAGAGGAAGUUUCUAAAACAAUCACGCUUCAAAUAGAGGAUGUGUCCGCCCUUGAAGCUGAUGAACCUGCAGAAGACGAUAUUUCUGACCCUGAGGAGGAUUCGCUUGCUGGCCAGAUGGCGGCGAUGAGAGGGGGCUCGGUGAAGAAGGAUGAGAAUGAUGAGGAAAGUAGCACUGAUGAUGAUGAGGAUAGCGAUGAUGAUAGUAGCAGUGAUGAUGAUUAGCGUUUCGAUCAUUGCAAUCAGGAUUUUAGAUUUGUUUUGUCCCA